GACGAUCGGCUGGGGCCAGUAGUGCGCUCGACGGCGCGCGGAACGGACCCGAUCGGCACGCUCUUCUGGGUUCUCGAAAAAUCGUUCUCGCUUGCACCCGCGCGACCCGAGGUUCGAUCGUUCCGAUCGAACGACGAAAACUGGAUUCCCGUUCUCGGUUCCGCGACUUGUUUUGAUUUAUCGAUAUUUGCCAUCCGUUCUUUUUCCUUUCUCCUGCGGACUCUUCGGGCCUUUUUUGCAACAGCCACGCUGCAUUUUACCCUUCUUCGUUUCGGUGAGGAGUGGUAACCUUGUUAGGGAGAUUUUUUGAUUCGGCAAGUAGGUCCUGCACCUGGCUCACCGGAAAUUGAGGAGCGAACGGUGCUGCACGUGUCGGUUUCGGAUCGAUCAAUGAAAAGGAACCAUGUACCGGUGACGCAACGGUUUUUAAAAUAUGUCUGGCGAACGGUGUCAUUCUUAGUAUUUGGCUGAACGUUUCCAUUGUCGCUACUUACAAACCUGUUCCACACGACUCGAAGUCAAUUUCUACUCCGACAAGAUGAUGUUGAUCAAGAGCUUCUUCCGGAGGAUCAUCAAGGACUUCCGGCAUAAGGAGCUGCUACCCCUGAAAAUGAUAUUUUUCGUUCAGGCAUCCACACUCUAUGUACUUUAUCCAUAUUUGACAAUACAUAUGAGGGAGCUUGGCAUAAAUGUGGAGGAAACGGCCAUAAUGAGCGCCAUAACGCCGGUGAUCGCGAUGGUGAUGCCACCUUUGGCUGGAAUGUUUGCCGACCGCGUAGGAAACUUCAAAAUUUUACUGUCCCUGUUUUCUUCCUUCGGCGGAUUCGCGGCACUGUUAUUGCUGCUCGUGCCGAUCGGCAGGAUAACCGUGGAAUUUCCGAACAGAGUCGUUAUGGACCUUGGCUGCACAGGGAAUAACGGGCUGCUUUACACGAUGAGCCAGAGUCAUCCUUGCGAGACGGAAUUGCAAGAAAAGAUCUCCGCUAGACUAGAGAGUUGCGGUUACAUGUGUCGUAUGGAUGUUUAUAAUGAUACGGAACUGGAAACCAUCUUGUCGUCAAGGAUGUAUUCAUUUAUGCGGUACAAUUUGGAAACCGGCUCAAAUUCCACGAUUAAUUUUUCGAUUGCUCAGAAUGACAUGCCAGUGCAAGUGAAAGACGAAGACAUACGGGAGCAUCGUAGGUUAACAAAUAAUGAGCACUUCAAAACUUCGAUACGUCAGAUCUCGAAGAAUGAGUAUUUCUUCCCAACGAAUCAGCUAUACGAAUUCGCGUGUAUGACAUCGGGAUUCAUCGAGGACUUCGAGACAUCGACAUUCAACACUGCCAUGUCGAACAGAAUUUACGAAAAUAGAACUCUUUGCACUUUUAAUCCAAUUCUUUCGCUCCAGGAUAAUACAAGUAACACGAUAAACUAUCAUUCGUACAAGUCGAAGCUAAAGAACAUCAAAGUUACGGACGAAGAUCGCGAGCUAAAACGCCAAAGAUAUUUUUCCGAGGAGAUCGCGUGGACCGGAGACAAAUAUCAGAAAAUAACCUGCGCAAAUCCUGACCUCGAAACAGAAAGGAUCGUACUGAAUCUACCAUUAGUAAAUUACUCAGUGAAUCCUGCACCGUACAAAUUCCUAAGCAGCGACGACUGCCAUAAACGUUGCAUAGUGACCGCACCGCGCAACGAGAUGUGUUCGAACAACAAUAUGAUCGUCGAAUACAACGUGAGCUUGACAUUCUGGCUGUACUUGGCUAUUAGAGUCUUCAUUGGUGUAAUUGGUGGCACCACGUUCGCCAUGUUCGAGGGUGCAGUGAUCGCUAUAUUGCGGGAACAGAAAGCUGAUUACGGGCUUCAAAGGAUUUACGGCAGCAUCGGGGGUAUGAUUUCCUCACCGCUUUCUGGACUUUUGAUCGAUUAUGCGAGCCGCGAUAAGAGUUACACAGACUUCAGGCCGGCAUUCUAUCUGUACGCGGCGCUGAAACUGAUGUCGGGAGUAUUAAUGCUCGCCAUAAAUUUAGAAUUCAAAUCACCAGCGACGAACGUGAUUCGCGACGUCUUUACCGUGUUGAGGAACAUAGAGGCUGCCGCCCUCUUCAUCGCGUGCUUCAUUCUGGGAACUGCCUGGGGCUACAUCGAGUCGUUCCUCUUUUGGCUGAUUCAGGACUUGGGGGGAUCAAGAUCACUCAUGGGUAUCACCAUAACCGUAGGCGGUAUAGCCGGCAUACCAUUACUGGUUCUAUCUGGCCCAAUCAUAUCAAAGAUCGGCCAUGCCAAUGUACUUUUCAUAGGGUUCGUUUUUUACGCCAUAAGACUUUGCGGCUAUUCAAUUAUUUACAAUCCCUGGCACACACUCAUCUUUGAGGCGCUGGAAUCAGUGACCCUGUCGCUAAGUUUCACCGCUGCUGUUACUUACGCUGCUAAAUUGUCCACCACUACCACCGAUACCUCGAUACAGGGACUGUUAGGUGGCGUUUACUAUGGAGUCGGCAAAGGUUCAGGAAGUCUGAUCGGCGGCUACCUGAUGAAAGCAUUCGGCACUCGGCCAACCUAUCGAAUCUUCGCGGUAAUAACUCUGAUUACCGGUCUGAUGUAUUACAUCUUCAACGUCGCGUACCUGAAGAAACGUCCCCAGGUAGAAGGCAACGAUAUCGUGAAGAAGAAACCGAAGAAAAUGGAGAACCAGAAUGGUGUCGAGAUUAUUGAAAUAGCGAUGGAAGAGAAGAAACCGCGUGAGAACGAGUCCAAAGAAAAGGGAUCGAAUAAUUUCUCUGGCAUCGACAAUCAAGCGUUCUCCAAGGAACAAGAGAAUAUUAGGGAGCUCAAGGAUGACGAGAAAAGAGACCGGAAUAACAUGGAGGCAAUCAACAACGCGAAGAAUCUCGAUAAAAUCGAAAAAGCAGAGGACAACAACCGGAAAAAGCUAACGGGGAAGAAAAUGAAAAAGACGAACGAACGCGACCGGACGAAAGAAAGCUCGCGACAGAAUGGCGCGACAAAUCCGGGUUUCGAUGAUGAACAGGAUCGAUGUAACGUCACCAUCGAAAGCCAACCGGAUGAUAAAAAAUGAACAAGUUCCUCCUGAGAUCUCGAUACUCGUUUUUCUUCCGAUAUUUCGAUGAUAAAUCGCUCGCGGAAUCGCGUCGAAAACGCGUGUCGCAAGAUGUACCGUGGGAAAAGAAGUCCUCUCGAAUCGCUUAUCACUGCUUUCUAUCGGCAACCAUUUUUUCAUUGUGCUUUGAGAAUUGUUUAACGCUUUGAGAGCCGGUUCAACCCCCUGUUGUGUAAUAUCGUGUGAAACCUGUGACGAAGAUUUCAACUGGAAUUUAAGAUAUAUAAAUGCCAUUUCUUCCGUGUAAGUUGAAAUUGGGAAAUGAAAGAAUUAGUAGAAAAUUGAUGGAAAUGAAGAAAUUAUUAGAAAAAUAAUUAAUUAUCAGUUGUAAUGCUCUAGAUUAAACGUAGAUAUAGAAUGAGUAUGAUGCUUUUCUUCUUUUAGUGAAUUAGAAACAAUAAAUUUUAUUGAACGAAAGAAAUUAUAAGACAGGGGGUUAAUAUCGUGAAAAGUAUUCGUCUUGAUCGAACUUAUUUUAUUAAAUCAGUGUACGUCAAACAUCUGUUAAAUAAGGUUUCGACAACAAAAUUUCUUCUAAGUGUUCUAUAUUCAAUCAAAACAACAUUUACAUAAUUUUGUACAUUCUUCAUAACAGUUAAUUCAUUUCGUUAUUCCAGUCACGGAUUCCAGAAAUUUUUCAAAUUUUAGAAAAUUACCAAAAUAUUUGCUAACAUGGAAAUAUAUGAAAACAGAAUCAGAAACUUGUGUUACAAAAUUUCAUAUAAUAAUGUUUACAAAUAUUGUUAAAGCAAAAACUGUCAUAAAACUGCAAAAAUCAUAAAUAAGAAAUAAUGAAGCUAGUUAAUAAUUCAAAAAUGUGUACGGAAUUAUUUAUAUACAUAGUUUAGAAUAAACUGCUGUGAUUCAAGUUUUAUUUGAUAAAACGAUAUUUCAUUGUACUAACUUGAUAAUACUAUAAAUAUUAAUGAUGAGUAUCAGACCAAAGUUACAUCAUUCACACGAGAGUGCCAUGGCAUUCAAAGCGUUAAAUGGAACCGCAUCUAUCUCUUAAGCUGUGUCAUUAAUAUAUUAAUUGAAUAAUUUGUUGAACUUUAAUGCUCAUAUAAGAGUAAUUACAAGUAAAAAUAAUUUCAUAUAUUUUUCGCCGUGACAGAUGCGUAUAAGAUGUAAGUUGUUGUAAUAUAAGUAUUUCGUCACAAUUUGAAUGCAAGAAUCGGUGGGUAAUUAGAGAAUUGAAAGAUUAAUGAAGGAUAUAAUCAGGACAUAGUCGAAAUGUAUCUUUUACUGACAAUAUCUUUCGUUGACUCAAAGUCUCCGAUCUUGUACAAAUUCUGUAUACACGUACGAAAGUAAUUGUAGUAAUAAGAAAGUAACGCAAUGGCGCUCACAAGUACUCGACCGUAAACGAAUUAUGAUCUUAUUAUAAAAAAAUAGAUAUAUGCGAUUUAAAUAACGACUGAAGAACACAAUCUUGUUUCUAUUCUGGAAAACUUUAACAUUUAACAAUUUAAAUUUGCUUCAAGUUUUGUUAUUUGUUACAUUAUAGAAAGUAAUGUUUUGUAUUUUUGCGAAGUUUUCUACAAAAAUGAAAAUUUGCGAAAAUGUUCAAAACUGCUAUAGUAUUAUUUCUUAUUCCAAUUUUGUUUUAUUAUUCAGAUAAUAUUACAAUUAUAAAAUGAUACUGAAGAAAUUUAGACUAAUUCAUUAUAGCAAAAUCAAUGCAAAUCACAAUAUUCAUAUUUCUGUCUAUAUUUUCUAUAUGAUACUGAAUUACAUUGGAAUUAUGCUCGAUAAAAAUUGCAAGAAAUAUCGCAAAUCAAUAACAAAUAUACAUAUAUGUUCCUAUUAUGGAAUGCUAAAUUUUAAGAGAAACUAUGUAGUAAUUAAAAAUUAAACAUUUUUCAAGUACAAAUUACAAAUUCUCAUUGUUAUAGAUAUUGUAUCAUUUCAGUUAAUAAAAAUUGUUCAAAUUUCACAAAACUAUUUUUAUAAUACUUCAUAUUUUUGUAUUAUUAGAAAAAGCAUCGUUCGAAUACUUACGAGCAAUAAUUGUUGUACAAGAUCCUCGAUAAACGUAUAUAUCCACAUACCGAAUGUCAAUCAUCCCAGAAAAUUCUUCUGGAACACCUUUAAUUAAACAUCGUGCAUGUACUUCCCAGUAUCAAGCGUUGAGUUACGUUUAAUAUUUCUUUUUUAGCAUUGAGUAUUGUAGGGUCGUAACGAUUUCAAAUAUAAAUGUAAAAUUAUAUUUCCGAAGUCCUCAGAACAAUGCUGAAUCUCUAUUUUGUACACUGUUUUUUUAGGAUAAUAUAAAAUAUAGAUGUUAGAAAAGUAUCAAAGUUCAUACAGAAAUACAAAUUGUUUUAACAAGCGUGAAUGUUAAUAUAAGGACGUUGAUACGUUCGACAGGUAUAUACGUAUAUAUUUGUUAUUGUUAUAAGAGUGUUAUAUAUAUUUUAUAAGCGAACUAAGAUAUCAUAAAUGUAAAAACAUAAAUAUACUAACAUAUUUAUAUCUGUAUAUAGACUGUGGAUGUGUAUGCAAAUACAGAUCUUUAUAAUUAAAUGUUCUUUUAAAUUCCAAAUAAAAUCAAAAACUCGUUUAAGUUUAUUAAACUUUUAAAACAAUCGAAAUUUUUCAAAAUUAUGUAUCCUAUAGAAGCCCACAAAAUCCAUAGUCUACAUAUGUAUACUAUUGUUAAUGUAAUUUCAAAAGAACAUUGUCAUUUUGAAACGUAUAUUAACAUGCUGAGCCCGCAGACAGGUCUUACCACGCGUUGAAGUCACCGAAGCUGCUGUGCUUCUUUACCACGCAUUAAAGUCACCACAACAAAGUUCGUUUUAAUCACUUACAAGUUCAUUGUACAAAAAAUAUCCAUACGUUACUGAUGCCACUUGCUUAUUUAUAAUUAAUUACUCUUAUACGGAUGUUGAAACAUUGAAUUUUUAGAAUUCUAAAUUUUAAAUUAUGAUUAAUAGUAAGACUUGCCUGGGUUCAGUGUUCACAUUUUUCUAAAUAGUAUGUGAAAGAAAGAGAGCAACAUUUUUUCAGAUUAUUUAAUUAAUUAGCAUGAUUUCUUUGAUAUUAUAUUGUUAUUUAUGUCGACACGUAAGACGAGAAUCAUAUCACUUUAACCAACUAAGUUCUUUGUAUACCAUUGUAUAUUUACUAUGUAAAUCUUUGAUACUAGGUUUUUGAGUUCCUUGAUGCUCGGACUGCGAUCUACAAGUUAAAUUCACUUGAAAAAUUAUUACGGUAGCUCAUUUUGUUAGUACUGAAACGAUAGUGAUAUAUUUACGGUUAUAAAAACUCUGAUAAUAACAGUAUUAUAGAUGAACUUUGGAAAUAAAGAUACAGAGUGAUUAAAAAAUUAUCAAAAUGAGCUGUUAAGUUUAUUAGCUUGCACCUACUAGCUUCUAUUCUCAGUGAAUUAAACAAUAUAAAUUAUGAGAAUUAUUCCGAAGGCUAAUUAAAUUUUAUUUCAUAUUAACAAUAUGAACAAACUAAUAUUCAUAAAAUUGUUGCACUUUUACUGAAAAAGUCAUACCUCUUCUGAACGAAAUGAUAUUCAUUCGAAAUUUAUUUAACAAAUUUAUACAAUUACAACACCUUAAAUGAAAUUUUGUUUAAAACUUAAACAACUGUCUUAGAUACUUAAAUAUUUUUAAAGUUGCAUACGUUUUGAAGAAUUCUAAUUUUAAAUAAUAAAUAUCAAAUCAUAUUUAAAUAAUUUCUACCUGUUUUCAGUGACAGGAGACUUUGAAAUUGUCAAUCCCAUCUUGUAACAAAGAACUCAAUUAUCUACAACAAAGACUAACAACCCAGAAAAAUGAAUAUUAAACGUGCACGAAGCGAGCAUUAACAGGACACAAGCUGUUAAAUAAUAAAAACGCGACGGCGGUUCCGCGAAGGAACAAUGUGAUAUAACUAUGCAGGAAAUAGUGCGUAAUUGCGACUUCCUUAAUUGUACAGUCAUAAAGAGUACAAUAGAAGUUUUGUUCUCAACCCGGCGAUACAGUCUCGACGAAAUAAAUAAACGGAGAUACAAGCGAUCGAAGAAGGAUUUCCUUAUUAUCUCCAUCCCUCGGGAUUGGAAAAGGAAACAGGUGGAAGAAGGAUAAUUAUUUCGAACCGUGGCUCCACCUAUUUGAAAUUAACGCGAAUAUUAAAUACGAAGAAUAAUUCUCACACUAUUUAUAGUUUGCUAUCGCUCGUGUUUAUGUUUUUUGCUUCUAUACAAGAUGAAGAUGUAACACAAAACAUUCGAACUUUGGUAUUUUGUUCUACAUUCAUCAAGAACUAAGGACCUUUCUCAAUAUUCUUUUGUUUAUAACAUUUUUCCUACAGUUUACCCCAGUUAAGUAAUAAUUGUUAAAUUGUUAAAAGAGUGAUAAGAGUUGUUAAAAAAAUGUAUAACUCAUUUCGAGGUAGAACCAUAAUUUGAAAGUUCUUUUUGAGUUUUUCUCGAAAAUUUUUGCUUCUCUAACUAAUUAACCCUUAAACUAUUCAACCUUCUUUUAUUUAACAUUGAGACAGAAUUAAAUUAAAAAGAAUAACGAGACGGACAAACUGUAACAAAACACUUAAAUGAUAUAACAAUUCACUUCCAAAUCAAAUAACUAAUUUGUUUUAUAAAAACCACCCGAAACUAUUAUUGAGAUGUACAACAUUAAUGAACGUGUUAGUGAUUCCAACGUUCAGAAGACAAUACCUUCAUCAGAUACUGAUCAAUUAUGUACACCUGGUCCCCGAUUUACGCAAAAAUCCGUUCUACGCGGAUUCGUUUUAUGCCACUGAAAAUCACGUAAAUAGAGUUUGUCGGUAUAAGAGAAAACAAACUAUUGGAAAGAAAAGCUGCUGUAAGUUUUAGAAAUACAUAUUUAUUUCACAUAGCCAAACAAAAGAAAUAAUAAUACUGACAUUUCAGAAAACAAAAGUACAUUUUAUGUACUAAAAAUUACCUUGUAAAUAGUGUUCUAAUGUACUGCAUAAAAAAGUGCCGCGUAAAUCGAAGGUAAGGUGUAAACUGAUGAAUUGGCCAUAGUCAACAGGCACAACAAUAACCUAUUAACAAGGUUAACUGUGGAAUCUAGUUUCAAAAAUGUCUCGUUUUGUGUGCAAUAAAAUCAAAAAAUUAGGUGUGUACUCGUCAAACACAGAAUGAAUGUACCUAGAGUACAUUUCAAUGAAAACUCAAAUCUAUACAACGAAGAAUUAGAUGUUCAUUUGACAAAAUAAAGAACUCGUAGUUGAAAGAAUUAGUAUCAUUUCAAGCUUUAACCUUUUAACUACAGAAAGAUUAACCUCGAAGCUAUACCUCUGUAUGGCAAGGUUUGGCACCGUCUGCGUAUUAUUAAUGUAUCACUGCGAUUUGAGACUGAUAGAAUCUUUCACUGUGCAAUUACGUUAAAUUAAACUACAGAAGAAUUGUGCCGCUAUAGUAGCGAACCGUUCAAAAAGAUGUUAUACAUGAAAGC